UACUUCCGUGGGUCACUUGUCCCACACUUUCAACAUGGCUGUGAAUCUGACAGAGCUUUCUCUUCCUCAGCUAGAGGGACUCAAAACCCAACUAGAGCAGGAAACCGAGUUUCUGACCUCCUCAAUCGGUCAGCUCAAAGUUGUCCAGACAAAAUAUGUAGAAGCUAAGGACAGCCUGAGUGUUCUCAACAAAAACAAUGCUGGAAAGGAAUUACUAGUACCUCUCACCAGCUCUAUGUAUGUUCCAGGAACUCUAAAUGAUGUUGAGCAUGUUUUAGUGGAUGUGGGAACCGGAUACUAUGUGGAAAAGAAUGUUGGGGACACAAAGGAGUUUUUCAAGCGCAAAAUCGACUUCCUCACCAAGCAGAUAGAGAAGAUUCAGCCAGCCCUACAGGAAAAGCAUUCAAUGAAACAAGCUGUGAUUGAGGUGAUGAACAUCAAAAUCCAGCAGCUUCAAAGUCAACAGGCAGCACAGUCGGGAACCACCAAGGCUUAAUAUCUGAGAGAGCUGGGGUCUGCUUUCUCUCCACAGGAAUUUGUUUUUUAAUUUCCAUGCUCUACUACAGCAUUAUUGUGCAAAAUUAAAUCAUAAUGUCUGUAACUGAGGAUCAGACUUUACUUUUUCUUUGUACUGAAACACACAUAAGAUCUGUAUAGUGUUACGAUGGUGGUCUGUUCAUGCUAUUUGGAUGUUGAGUUUGGGGAUUGUGUCCCAACAAUGUAAUGCUUGUUUUACUGUGCAGUUCCUAAAAAAUUGGUUAUUAAAGAUUGUAGUUAAA